GAAGGAUAAAGGACGAAGCUGGAGCCACGAACUGCUAUAAGAAGCGGCUUCCAUCGCCUGAAUGCACGAGUCGCGUCAGCAACGUCGAACUGAAAACAACGCGACUUUUGGCCCGGAAAAGUGAAAAGCCAAAAGGCGAAGCGCAAACGACGAAAUAUCACGCAUACGCCGCGUUGAACCGAAAAGAAUUGCAAGUGAAGUGAUAUGAAAAGAAACUAAGGGCAAAAAGAGUUUACGCCUUGGCUCGUUAGUGGAGUUUUUGCCUUUUUGGGCAGUUUACGAGCGGCUCAGCAUAAAUUGCUGGUUCCACAUAAUCCACAUCACUGCCACCACCUCCGCCUCCGUUGCCCAUUUCCCAUUCGCACGAGCGUAAUGAGGCAAUGAGACGCGGGGCAGCCGGAAAAGCAACAGCGGGAAACUCAGCCGAGGAGCCAUGACAUUUGGAGUCAGCCGGAGUCUGGAGCUUUGGCCUCUGCCCGAGUGAAGAGACCCCCCGCCCCUCAGCCCCCGCAAACCCCCAGCGAUGCUGCGCGAUAUCUUUCUGUAUUUAGUUCUAAUCGUUUUAUUUUGCUUCAUUUUCAUGGCGCAGUUAAUCGUCAACGUUUACGCCUUCCAACGCCAGCCGUCGCCCCACAAAGCGGAGCGCAAUGAAAUUAUAUUUGUCUAGAAAGGAGACAAGCUCUCAAGACAAAAGGCACCGCGAAUAAUGCUUGUCGAACAAUGAAAACUCAUUCUAAUGAAGUAACUAACGAAUAUAUAAAAGUAUUAAAUAUAUCUAAGCAAAAUAUAACGCAUAAAGCAUACUUGUGUAGAGACUGUGUCAGCCAUUAGCUCCAUAUUCGUUUUUACAACGAAAUAGACUCAGUAAGUAAGAGUUAACUUGUUUAAUGGGCAUUUAAGUAAAUGAUAGCAAGAUAUCAUCUUUUCUUACGGUGCACCCUUGAGGGUGGAAAAGAGGGAGGAAAAGAGGGCAGGAAAAUGAAGACGCUACAAAAGCAAAGGCUACAAGUCAAGUCGCGGCGGUUUCCAUUUAAUAAGAAAAGGAACUCAACUAGGUUCAACUCUCAGAUGAGUGAGAAAAGUGGGAAAAAGCGCAGGGAAUAGGCGGGAAAUCCAGUGGAAAUCCAGGG